AGCCGAGUUCAACAACAACACCCUCACAGCCACACCGGUACGACAAGCAAGAUGAUGGAGGUCAGGUCCGAUGCGAGAAUGCCUGCAAGGUUCGAGAGAUAUGCUCAAGCAUUAUUACCCACUUGAGCAAGAGACAAAAUGUCGACUGACAAGAUCACGUUCCUGACCAACUGGCACGCAACGCCAUACCACGCUCCCCUAUACCUGGCGCAGGCCAAGGGCUAUUUCAAGGAUGAGAACAUCAAGGUUGCUCUUUUGGAGCCAAACGAUCCCAGUGACGUGACGGAGAUCAUCGGAAGUGGCAAAGUCGAUCUCGGCUACAAAGCCAUGAUUCACACGCUCGCCGCCAAAGCUCGCCAAUUCCCCAUCCUCUCCAUCGGGUCGCUCCUCGACGAGCCCUUUACGGGUGUGGUGUACCUCAAGGACAGCGGCAUCACCACCGACUUCCGCACGCUCAAGGGCAAGAAGAUCGGCUACGUAGGAGAAUUCGGCAAGAUCCAAAUCGACGAACUCACCUCCCACUAUGGCAUGAGCCCCGAAGACUACACGGCCGUGCGCUGCGGCAUGAACGUGUCCAAAGCCAUCAUCAAAGGCGAAAUCGACGCGGGCAUCGGUCUCGAGAACGUCCAAAUGGUCGAACUCGAGGAAUGGCUGAGCUCGCAACAGCGUCCCAAGUCGGAUGUACAAAUGCUCCGCAUCGACGAACUCGCCGAAUUGGGCUGCUGCUGCUUCUGCUCCAUCCUCUACAUUGGCAACGAGAAAUUCCUCAGCGAGCACCCAGACCAAGUCAAAGCCUUUAUGCGCGCCGUCAAGCGCGCCACCGAUUUCGUGCUGGCCCAUCCCGAGCAAGCAUGGACCGAAUACGUCGAUUUCAAACCCGUCAUGGGCACGCCUCUGAACCGCAAAAUCUUCGAGAGGAGUUUUGCGUAUUUCUCGCAGGACUUGAAAAAUGUCCCACGCGAUUGGGAGAAAGUCACCAAGUAUGGAAAACGCUUGGGGGUGUUGGAUGAGUCGUUUGAGCCGAAUUAUACGAAUGAGUUUUUGGUGGAUUGGGCUGCCGAGGGUGAUCAGGUGGAUCCUACGGGAGAUCAGAAGAAGAUGGUGGCGCUGCAGAAGGAGGUGGCGGAAAUGGGGGGCUUUAAGCGUCUGGAUGUUCAGCGCACUGCUGCUGCUGCUGUUUCUGCUCAUGCUUGAAUACCUCAUGCAUGACGAAGUAGCGGGUGUUCCAGCUGCAAUGACCAUUUUUUUGCGAAAAAGGGUCUCUUCAGUGGUCAGAGUCCAGGAGGAACAGUCAUCGGGACUUUGUUUCCUGAUUCGGCCAAAGUCUCAAAGUAUCGUUGGACUUCAACAGUCACGUACAUGAAAAGGUACCUACCUGUCAUGCUAUAGGCGACUCCAUUCCUUUACAUAUAUCAAAUAUCAGCCUAUCAGUUAUGCGGGAC